AUGGCUCCCACGAAGCCCGUCGUCGCGGUACUCUACCAGGCUCUCCCGCCGCCAAUGUACGGCGGCGUGAGCAAGCCACCCAAGCCCGGUGGAUACCGUGAUUCCGGAGCUGAUGUAGCGUAUACAUUGUCCCGCUCGGGGACCACAGUGCUCACGCCAGAGACGAUGCCGGACCCUGCGAAUCAGGACCACUGGUGCUUCCCUGAUACCGAGGAAGGCAUUCUGACCGCAUUAAAGAAAGGUGCCACGCAUCUUUGGGCCAAUACGGUGCUUUUUGCGAAGCAUCCAUUGCAGAACUCAUCGCUAUUGACGUCGUAUGAGUCGGAUGUUAGGGUUAUAGGGCAACCGCCGCUGUGUGCGGAUCAAUUCGAUGACAAGUCGUUUGUGAAUGAUUGUCUGCGUCGACAUGGUGGAUUGACACUACCUAGAUCAUGGACGCUUGAUGACCCCAGAACUGAAAAAGAUGACCAUGCAGCUGUUCAAAAGACAUUGGAUGCUGUCUUGGCUUCGAUCAAAGACAGCGACUAUCCAAUUGUUGCCAAGCCAGUGCGUGGUCGAGGGAGUCAUGGCGUGAAGAUCUGCCGCAAUCCAAUCGAGCUGUCUGAGCACAUUGCUUAUCUUUUCGACGAAUCCCCUCGUGUUCUCGUAGAAGAAUACUUGAAUGGUGAAGAGGGUACUAUCACCGUCAUGCCUCCAUCUCAAGAAGCGAUUCCAGGACAAGAGCAUUCAGAUCGUUUCACUCGGCACUGGUCUCUACCACCGGUGACUCGCUUCAACCAUGUGGAUGGAAUCGCUCCUUAUAGUGGCAAGGUAGCGGUGACUGUGAACUCGCGCGCUGUGACUGCUGAGGAAGUCGAGGCCGAUCCGGCGUAUGGUGCUAUCAUGAGGGAAUGCGAGACCGUAGCUAGUCUGCUACAGACCAGAGCUCCCCUUCGGAUAGACAUUCGGCGAUUUAAACCUGGGUCACGAUUUGCGCUGUUUGAUAUUAAUAUGAAGCCGAACAUCACUGGACUAGGUCGUCCAGGACGGGACGACCAGACAAGUUUAAUGGGCCUUGCAGCUGAAUGUAUGGGCUGGGAUUAUGCUACUUUCCUACAAUAUGUGCUGGCAUCAGCGCCGCAGUUGGGAGAAUUGCGCAACUAUGAGAGUUCUCUCAAAUAA